AUGCCUGAACCACUAAAAUCUGCUCCAGCCUCUAAAAAGGGCUCCAAGAAGGCCAUUAACAAGGCUCAGAAGAAGGAUGGAAAGAAGCGGAAACGCAGCCGCAAGGAAAGCUACUCCGUGUACGUGUACAAGGUGCUGAAGCAAGUCCACCCCGACACCGGCAUUUCCUCCAAGGCUAUGGGGAUUAUGAACUCCUUUGUCAACGACAUCUUCGAGCGUAUCGCCGGAGAAGCGUCACGCCUGGCGCAUUAUAACAAGCGCUCGACCAUCACUUCGAGGGAGAUUCAGACGGCCGUGCGCCUACUGCUGCCUGGGGAGUUGGCCAAGCAUGCCGUGUCGGAGGGCACCAAGGCCGUCACCAAGUAUACCAGCUCCAAGUGA